AUGUCUAGGUUAUCCCCACUCGUGCGCGCAGCACGCGCCGCUGCCAAUCCCGUCGCCCGCGGCGCUGUCAUCCCACGUACCGCCGCCCGCCAGCUUCCCUCAUGGCACCUCUCCCCGUCCACCUCGUUUUCACGUGCGGCGUCGUCGGCCGCCGCCAUGUCCUCGGGCUCGACACCAAACCUGCCUCCCAUUCCGUCGUCGCCCAAGAUCCUCGUGACCCCUCCAGACCUGCAGAAGAUCAAGGACGAGGGAUUCUUUGACGACGACGUGGCCCUCGUCGCCCCCAACGACGCCAAGCUCGUCAUCACGCCCGAGGCGAUCCGACAGCUCGCGCUUCUGGCUUCGCGCGAGCCACCAGAAAGCCCCCUGGCCCUCCGUGUUGGUGUGGACAGCGGUGGUUGCCACGGAUACCAGUACACCAUGGACCUGACCGAGGAGCGGGGUGUGGACGACUACGUCUUCUCAACCGAGAGUGUCGCUUCCAUCCCCGUGAUUGUGGACCUCAUGUCCCUCGGCCUCCUCAAGGGUGAGCUUCUCUUCGUCGUGUGGAGCGACAACCCUCAGGCUAAGGACGGCGGCGCGUGCGGCUGCGGUGUGAGCUGGGAGGCCAAGUAA